AUGUCUCGAAAAGUGAUUUGUUCAGCCAUUAACGAUUGUCUCGGAUUCUAUAUCAACGAGAUAGGCGAUUCGGAUGUAACUUCUUCGCUUCUCGAUGGUGAUCUUAUCUUGCGCAAUAUCUCAUUAUCAAAGACAUUUCUGGAUACUCUCGAUCAGAGCGUAGCGUUAAGUAGAGUAUCGAUCAAAUUUCUGCAUAUUCAAAUCCCCUGGAUCGAGUUGUCAAAUAUGUACUUUUUAAUCGAAAUCCAGGGAGUGGACGUGGUAUUAAAGGAGGGAAAGUCAGUGAAAAAUCCAAAAGUGGGGAAAAUAGAAGAAAUAACAGCAGAAGAGGAAAUGGAUGAUACGUACUUGAAUAAGCUCUUAUCUCUUUUAAUCAACAAAUUGAAAGUCACAAUAUCGGACGUCCACAUUCGUUACGAGUAUCCUUCAUCCUCUAUGAAGGCAAUCGGAGCGCAUGUAGAACAGAUCCAGCUCGACACAAUCAAAAGCGACAUUCCUUCCUCUAACGCCAACAAAUCAUUUUCUCUGCAAUCCCUAUCAAUCUAUGUCGAUCCCAACAAGCGUUCCUCUCCUGGAAUGCCCUCUACAGGCGUUUCUCUUCUUCUUCAAGACUUUUCCCUGCGAAGUGACAUUCAUUGGAAUGCGUCGAGCGUGGAGGAUCGCUGGAUCUCCGCCGAGUGUCUGCAAGACAAAGUGAAAUCCUCUGUUCCGAGUGUGGAUCAGAGCGUUCUUUUGGAGUAUUUAGACAAGAAAGAUUGUCCCUUGCUGUCUUCUUCUGCGUCGUAUCAUUCUGCCGAGGAAAUGAGAGAGAAGAUCCGGAAUGAUAUGCAGGGGAAACUGAGCGAUGAAUCGACAGCGGAGAUCGUCUCGGCUUCUCUUUUUGAGCCAAUCAAAACACCGCCGCCUCGACUUGAGUUGGGCGUUCGAAUGAGUGAUACGAAAAUCUCGAUCCAUCAAAGCGAUUUGGCUGAUUCAAUCGAUUCCAUCAUCCAAACAAGAAGCGAACAAGCAACCGAAGCCUUCGGCAAAGAAGUGCAUUAA